UCGAUCUUUUCUACGAACAGACCACUGGAAGGAAGUCUGUCCAAGACAUUCUGACAAGUGUGUACUAAUAGUGCGUAUCCAGUAUCAUCAGCCCGCAACAAAGCCGAAAACCAUUGCAAUGCGCUUCUUUGUGGUUAUAGCCGCCUGUCUGGCCGUAGCGUCGGCCGAUAUCGGGCUCGACCUGCGUCAGGGAGCAUCGGCCGGAAGCAGCAGCUACGCCGGUAGCCAAGGCGCAGUGAACAUCGAUUACGCACCCGCCCUUUUCGAGGACUCCGUCGUCGGUGGAGCUGCAUCCGGUGCCAGUGGCCGCUCGUUCGGUGGAGCCAGCUCGUUCGGUGGAGCCGGCUCGUACGGCGGCGCGUCCUCCGGAGCGUCCAGCGGCGCCUACGCAGGCGCUGCCAGCGGUGCUGACUACAAUGCCGGCUACCAGGCGGGACUUCGUGCCGGUGCUUCUGCGUCUGCCGGUUCGUCCGCAUCUGCCGGAUCAUUCGAUGGAGCCGGAACCCGUUUCGGUUCGAUUGCUGGAUCUAACGCUAACAGCUUCACCAGUAUCGGCAGCUCGGCCGGUUCUAACAGCUUCGCCAGUAGUGGCGCGUUCGGCUCGUCUUCGGCCGGUGCAUCCGCCUUUGCCCAGGCCAAGACGGAGGUCCGUUAUGAAGCCCCGGUGAUCAAGAAGAACUUCUACUACCACGUAGCGCAGGACGAUGCGAUUGAUGAAACCGAAACCAAAACCCUCACCAUCACACCCCGCAAGCACUACAAGGUCAUCUUCAUCAAGGCCCCGUCUGCCAGUGCCAACGCCGGUGCAUCGUCCCAGGCCGCCAGCCAAACGGAGGAGAAGACGAUCGUCUACGUGCUCGUCAACAAGCCGGCUAAGGCAAACGCCACUAGUGAGGCCGAGGCAAGCUCUUACUACUCUGGCAAGCCGGAGGUAUACUUCGUCAAGUACCAGGGUGCUCAGGCUACCUCUAGUUCAAGCUCUAAAUCGCAAUCGGGUGGAUCGAUUGCCAUCAGCGAUGCCAAUGCUGUCGCUGGUGCAAAUGCUAUCUCUGGCGCUGGAGCCAAUGCUUACUCUGGCGCUGGUGCCAAUGCUUACUCUGGCGCUGGUGCCAAUGCUUACUCUGGCACUGGGGCUGGAUCCCGUGGUGCCGGUAUCAUCACUGGUGCAAAUUCACUCGCUAAUGCUGGUGCAUUGGCCGGAAACAGUGGAUACAACUCUGUCGGAGCUUCUGCCUAA